AUGGAGCGCCGUAUGCGGCGCGACCCAGCCUUUCGCGACAAAUAUGUCGAGUUCAUGCGCGAGUAUCAAGAGCUGGGUCACAUGUCACCGUCCAAUUUCGACUGGCGGUCACAGGAGCACUACUUCCUCCCUCACCAUGCGGUCUUGAGGACCCCUGGGAGUAAGAUUCGGGUAGUUUUUGACGGCUCCGCCCCCUCGUCAAAUGGUGUGUCCCUGAACCAGUGUCUCCACUCUGGUCCUAAAUUGAUCAAGGACAUAUCCGACAUUUUGACCCACUUCCGUCGGCACCAAGUGGUUUUUGUAGCCGAUAUUCGGAUGAUGUUUCGACAAUCAGUGGUCCAUCGCGAUGACCGUCGAUAUCAGCUGAUAUUGUGGCGCGAGAAGCCCAGCGAUCCGAUACAGGUGUUUGAGUUGAACACCACCACCUAUGGACUUCGGUCCAGCCCGUAUAUCGCCAUACGAACCCUCCUUGAACUCGCUGAGAGAGAACGUCUAAAAUACGCUCGGGGGCUUCUAUUUUGGAGACUAUGGUCUACAUGGACAUUUGCACGGGCGCCUCCACCGUCGAGGAGGCUCUUGUAUUGCGAGACGAAUUGA